AUGGCCGACGCGAAUGCACCUCCGACGAAAGACGUCGAAUUGGCGAAAUCCCUGGAAUCGAUCUUCCCCCAACUUGCUGGCCGCAUUCAAGGCAAGGUCUACACACCCUCGGGCCAGGUUUCUACUGUGGCAACGACCCUGAGUUUGUUACGAUGGAUCGGGCUUACCCUUGUACUAUUUGGCGAGUUCUUCUUCAUUACCCUCGGCGUUCCGUUUGGCCCGGCGUUGUUUGAUGCGUUGAAGGAACAUCGGUUUAUCGCCACCAUGGUGUUCAUGGCUAUCGGCGUCAUCUCGCAGAACCUGUCGUCGUCGGGCGCUUUUGAAGUCUACCUAAAUGACAAGCGUAUCUUCUCCAAACUGGAAUCCCAUCGUGCUCCUACAACGGCGGAAGUCGUCGGGUUUCUCGUCGCCAAGGGUUUGAAAAAGGGCAAGGAAUAG